UCAUUGGCUCAACUGACGAUGCUGUCCGCUGGCGGAGGCAUGAAUUGUAAAGUUUAUGACAGCGUUUCAUAAGAGCAGGUGAUAAGUCGGAGGAUAUAUUAAGAACACGUUCAGGAUGGUUGAGUUAAAUUAUGCAAGAAGCUUGCCGUGGUCGCGGUGGAGUGUCAUGAGGUCUUGUGGUCACCAUGAAGAUCCUCAGGAACCACCAGCACGAAGGAUAACACUGACAGCAGUGAGUUGGAUGAUUUAACAUCGUUAAAAUCCUCUUGGAACUUGGUGGACACCAUGAACUACGUUGGUCAGCUGGCCGGGCAGGUGCUGGUCACCGUCAAGGAGCUGUACAAGGGCAUCAACCAGGCCACGCUGUCCGGAUGCAUCGACGUGGUGGUGGUCCGCCAGCGGGACGGCACCUACCAGUGUUCGCCUUUCCACGUGCGCUUCGGCAAGCUCGGUGUGCUGCGUUCCAAAGAGAAAGUGAUUGACAUUGAAGUGAAUGGGGAGCCUGUGGAGUUGCAAAUGAAACUCGGCGACAAUGGCGAGGCUUUUUUCGUCCAGGAAACCGAACAGGAGAAUCAGAUUGUUCCCGCCCACCUGGCCACAUCCCCAAUCCCAACAGAGAGUCACCUUUUCUGGAUCUCAGAAGUGGAGCACCGGUCCUCGAAAGACUUGCAAGACGACGACCCGGCCGACCGGGAGUAUCCCCCCGAUCCGCCGACGCCCGCGACCGUCUCCACCAAAAAGAAGAAAAAACGGAGGAAGAAGCACAAAGGGGACCCUCGCAGAGAAGAGCUGACUCCCCCCACGUCGGUCACCCCCGCCGCUGCUACCACACCUGCUGCUACCACCACCGAGGAAAUGUUCGAGAUGGACCUAAGCUCCGAUGAGGAUGCCUCGCUGCCUCACGUGUCCAGAUCGCCUUCAACGUCCACCAUACGAGAUGUUGACCCCAGACUACCUGCGGCCAGACAUAGCUUGGAUGGCUAUGCACUGUCUGAUGGUGACUGGGCAACAAAUGACAGCCAAGGCUUAUCCCAGGCCUUUUCUCCAAAGAGUGAUUCCGAACUGAUGGUGAGACCGUCGGAGACUCUGCUGCGAGCCGAGUCGCACAUGCAGUGGACCUGGGGAGAGUUUCCGGAAACGGCGAAGGUGACCAAAAAAGACAGAGCGGAGCUACUUAAAACCGUGACCAUCACCCCUUCCGAGAGCACCCAUUUCCGCGUUAUCCUCAGCUCCGAGGCCAUGGAGGACUACAGCGAAACGGACGAUGGCGACCGCCACGUGUGCGCCGUCGUCAAGCCCGAGCCGCGCACGCUCACGAGCGCUUCCGUGACCGCGCGUGAGAGUCCGGACGCUCUCGCGCAGCCGGCGGAGUUGCUGCCGUACGACGUGGUCACCUCCACCCCCGGCAGCAGCCAGCAGAGCGACUCCCCCUCCAAGAAGAAAGGUGUCCCGAAGAGGAGCCAUCAUCAGGGUCCCGAGGACAUCUACCUGGAUGACCUGAACGCACUUGAGCCCGAUGUAGCUGCCAGAUACUUUCCCAAAAGCGAGGCGGAGGCGGCCGGCAAGCACUGGAUGGAAACUGAGAUUUGCUCGGGUUCGCAGUCGCCGCAGUCGGUGGGCAGCGCCGCCGCCGACAGCGGCACCGAGUGUCUGUCGGACUCAGCGAGCGACCUCCCGGACGUCACGCUGUCGCUGUGCGGAGGCCUGACGGAGAACGCGGAGAUAUCCAAAGAAAAGUUCAUGGAGCACAUCAUCACCUACCACGAAUUUGCUGAAAAUCCAGCAAUCAUCGAUAACCCCAACCUUGUCGUUAAGAUAGGAAAUAGAUAUUAUAACUGGACUCUUGCUGCACCCUUGAUUCUAAGUCUACAAGCAUUUCAGAAGAAUUUACCAAAGGCUACAGAGGAGGCCUGGGUGAAGGAGAAGAUGCCAAAGAAGUCGGGCCGCUGGUGGUUCUGGCGGAAGCGGGCGGAUAGUGCAAUCAAGCAGUCCGAGGCCAAGCUUGAAACCAAGGAAGAGUCUCAGUCGGCAGAGGAAGGACCCGCCAUGACGCAGGAGAAUCUCGCCUUACGGGGCAAAAACACAGACUCGUCCAGCGACGAAGAAUGCAAGGAGGUGAGCGCCGCGUCGUGUCAGGAGAGACACCAUCAUGACAGUCAGCAGCAUCUCGGCGCCCACGCCUACAGGAAGUCGCUACGUCUCUCCUCUGAUCAGAUUGCCAGUCUGAAACUGAAGGAGGGCCCCAACGACGUGACGUUCAGCAUCACCACGCAAUACCAAGGCACGUGCCGCUGCGAGGGCACCAUCUACCUGUGGAACUGGGACGACAAAGUCAUCAUCUCUGACAUCGACGGCACCAUCACCAAGUCCGACGUGUUUGGACAGAUCCUGCCGCAGCUUGGGAAGGACUGGACCCACCAGGGGAUCGCCAAGCUCUAUCACUCAGUAGCCGAGAACGGCUACAAGUUCCUGUACUGCUCGGCUCGUGCCAUCGGCAUGGCAGACAUGACCAGGGGCUACCUGCAGUGGGUCAACGACGAUGGCACCAUCCUGCCCCGCGGGCCUCUCAUGCUGUCACCCAGCAGCCUCUUUUCGGCUUUCCAUAGGGAGGUCAUCGAGAAGAAGCCCGAGAUCUUUAAGAUCGAAUGCCUGACGGACAUCAAGAACCUGUUCCAGCAUAACAAACAGCCGUUCCACGCCGCCUUCGGCAAUCGAGCCAACGAUGUCUUUGCCUACAAGGAGGUGGGAGUUCCCGUUUGCCGGAUCUUCACCGUCAACCCGAAGGGAGAGUUGAUCCAGGAACAGACCAAGGGCAACAAGUCCUCUUACUGCAGGCUGAGCGAGCUGGUGGAGCAUAUGUUCCCGCUGCUGAGCAAGGAGCAGAACGAAGCUUUCGCUAUGCCCGAAUUCAGCUCCUUCUGCUUUUGGAGGCAGCCCAUCCCCGCCGUGGACCCCGCGGACCUGCUCUGAAAAUGGCUCAGGUACUCUCGCUCUCUCGCAACGAGGAAAGGGCCAGGAAGGCGCUCACCGCACUUGAAAGGGUGCCCUGUUGUGUUGAUUUUUUUUUUUUCCACGGGAGUUACCUAGCAGCGCAAAUGCACAAAAGAGACACCUGGGAGAUGCUCGCUUUUGCCAAAUCCAACGCCGCCUUAGAUGCACUUCUGGACCUGCCUAAUGGCCGCCGCACUUGCGAGAAUAAGUCAGGCUCCAUUUUCAAGGUCACGCCUCCACAUGAAGCAGCUACUCCUUCGUCACACUGAAACGAUGCGAGGAGGACAAUAUUGGCAUCGAAAACUAUUUAUGAUGCUCAAAAAACAACCUCUGCUGGAUCAUCAUCAUGAUUAUUAUUUAUGAAACUAAGUAUUAUGUUUAAGUUAUUCCUGAUGCUGAUGCCUUGUCUGAAGAAGGUCUUUACGGCCACAAACAUUAGCGCUAAAUGCAAACAGGAGGCCUUUUUACUUUGUAGUACAGUCCAUGUUUCGGGAGUACAACGCAUGUUCCUCAGCAUAUGCACACAACUGUUCAAAAGUUUGGAGUCGCUUAUUAUUCAUGGAAAAAAAAAAUCAUCCAAAGUACAGCCCAGAAAUUGUUAAUCUACUAAAAACAGUGCUUAUAAAAAAGGAUAUUUGGAAGAGACCCCUAAACCCGUGAACUGUAGUGUGUAUAAAUAUUCAUAUAUGCACUGAAAGUGUGUACAUUUCCAUUUGAAGGAUUUUGACAAAAACAAAGGAAUGGUGUUACUUUAUGAUCCAAACUCACGGCUGCUCCUCAUACUUAACCUGGGGUGGGUGACCUACAAGAUCUGGCAAAAAAAAUAAACAAAAAAUAAAUAAAUAAAUAAAUAAAUAAAUACGGUGAAACCUAGGAGAUAGUGUUAUAAUAAAAAAAAAGCACAAAGGUAUUGAUUAUAUAUAAAUAAACAUAUUGUUGGCCAAGUAGAAUAAGUGUCAAGUUGUUUUUGAACCAUCCAUCUUCUGUACCGCUUUGGAAAAUUAGAAAAAACCCAAUCUGAUUUGGAUGAUAAACAAAAACAAUUUAGCAAACACAUUGGAAUUUUUUAUUGAUAUUGCAACAGUAACUUCAAAAUUACUGGGGUGUUUUUUUUUCUUCGAUUUGUAUAACAAAAGUUAUUCCCCACCCCUGCGCAAGUGUGUUUGUCAGCUCCUGUUCAAAAGUGUUUCUUUGUAAUUUGCCUUCUUAAGUCCUAUUUUGUUCGGCGACAAAACUUACCUGCAUUUUAUCCCACCUGGAGAGCCUGCAAAAUGGCCACAUCAGAGCCCUAGUCAAAUAUUAAAAAACGCUUUUGUACCCUGGUUAUGGCUCUGCCGCAACAUGCUGUCAAACUUUUUUUUUUGCUAAAACAGCGACAAAUGUGCACACAAAGUGUAUUGUGUAUAUUUCUUUGAAUUCAUCUGUUAGAGGAAAAACGAACAUGGCAAUAUAAUGGAGGGGGAAAAAAAGCAGGACUUUUAAAGCACAAACGAGACGCUAACGGCUGCAUGGUCAGUGUCAGUUGUCGUUUUUUUUUGCAUCAACGGUUGAUUCACGUGUGUGUUCUCUGGUUAGUCGUAAAUGAAAAGUUAAUAAUGAAUCCAUUCUUUCUAUGAAAGUAAAGCUUCACACAAGUCUUUGUUGGGAUUAUUCCACAAACAAUCUGUUUUUAGGAUGGGCGGAUUACUCUGUUGCCUUUCAUUUGUUUUUUCUUUUCUCUCUUUUGUGUCGUUUCCUUGGAGUGAAUGUCUCUCGCUUCCGUGUGUGCGCCGCCCACACGGAGCGACCACAGUGUUUAUUUGGAGACUUAAAUGUGGUUUAGAGUAUCGUUGAAAAACAAACUAUAAAGAGGAAGUACAAUUAAACGAAAGAAGAAAAUAGGCCUACUGACGCUCACGGAUUCUGGCUGUCACGGUCUUGUUUGUAUUCAAUAAAGUUUCUAACGGAA